AGGUGCAUCUGCUGCUGAUCGUACCGGUCGUUCGGGAGCAGAUCGACUCGACGGGAAGGAAGAUGAAGGCCCUCCGGUAUCAGCUGAGCAAACGCAGCUUGAGUCCUACCUGUACGACCACGUGGCGGACAUCUCUGGGAGAAAUAAUGUGCAGAUUGUGAGGAAUUUGAUCGCAGAGUACGCAGACUUGGGUCACCUAGGGCCUUUUUUCGCAGAGCAGUUUCCGAUGGGAAUGCGGGAAGAGCAAUUUGGCUGGUUUCUGGUCCAAAGCCAAGAUGAGUCGGCGGACAGCGCCGCGCGUGUCUUCAGGAAUUUGCAGCAGCCGUGGUGUACGAAGGCAGAUCCUGGAGGUGACUCUUCUAGUUUUACGGGUUCAGGAGCGAGCGGCCUUGGGAGCUAUAAUGCUGGAACAAACAAUACUCAUAAUUCCGCUUCUUCCUCCGGAUACAACAAUAUUUACAACAGUUACAGCGACCCCUAUGGUUCAUCUCCGUACGGAACCGAUUCGUUAUCCG